AUGGCGUCAAUACAACAUACUGAACCUCUUGGAAGGACUGCAAAAACGACAGAAUUCCAUACAGAUAUUUCAACGAUAUAUGGAAAACAUGCAACUGCUGAUCAAGAGGAAUCUGAACUAGAACAGACGACCAGCAGGGGAGAAACAGUUCACAAUAGCGAAACAUAUGAACAGUCCACUGUUCUUGAAGAGGUUACCGAAAAUAGAACUUCCAGAAAAUAUCUCGUCUCAGCAUCAGAAGAAGAGCAAGAUACCUCAGCUGAAGCAACUGAAACUGGAGAACACCGAUCUCAUCAUGAAAGGCAAACAACACUUUCUAAAAACAUUGAAGGAAAUACAGCAUGGGAAAAAUUAGAUGAAAAUCAAGAAACAACAAAAGGUACAUCAAGGAAUCACAAACACUAUUCUAUGUUCAAAACUAAAACAUGGAAAGAAGAAGAUGAAGACAUGACUGCAGAAGUUACGGUGUCAGUACGACAUACCCAACAUCCUGGAACAUCUAGUAGAACUACAGGGUUCCAUACCAGCUCCGAAAGUUCAAUGACAUUUGGAGAACAUACAACAGAAACUUUUGAGGAGGAAUCUGAACCAGAACGAAGUACUGUGGUAAAAACAGUAAAUACUGAAGAAGCUACUGAAACAGCAUCUGGAAUAAAUCCUGGAGAGAGAAACUCUUUCUCGCCUGAGGAGACUGAAGAGACUGGACACAUAGUUGCUGAGAAUUUUAAAACGACUAAAACAACCACAGAGGAAGUAACUCGGGAAGAACCUUCAAAUAAAGGAAGCAAGCAAAGUAGUGAAAUGUCUACUAGCGUACCUACUAGCGAAGGCAGCACAUCAUCAACAGAACAAUCGUUAGAAGUUUCAAGAGCAGAAACAACCAAGAAUGUAGAAAUUCAGGAAGAAACCUCUGAAGGAAAUAAGCUACGUACUGAGAUAUCUACUAAUGAAUCUGCUAAUGAGGAAAUUCAUGAACGCCCAUCAUCAGAAGGAACUGGAGAGUCUACUAGUGAAUCUACAAGUGAAGAAAUCUCAAUGGUAGAAACAACCAAGGAAGCAGAAAAACCUUCAGGUGAAAAAAGUUACCAAAGUACCGAAGUAUCUGCUAGCGAAUCCUCUAGUGAAGAAAACAACAUAUCAACUAUAGAAAAAGCUGAAGAAAUAUCAACAGUCUCUCAGACUGAGGAAGAAACAGGAAUGUCCAAAACAGAAGCAGAUCAUGAAGGCAGAAGCACUACAUCGCCUGAAGAAAAUCAAGAGACUGAACAUACAGUUGUUGAACAUAAGACAAGUACUAAGAAGAUUGCUGGUGAAACUGCUAAUGAGAAGGCUACAUCAGAAGAAGUUUCAAUAACAGAAACAGGUUACGAAGAAACAAGCACUACAUUGCCCGAGGAAAAUGAAGAAACUACAGUUCUUGUGCACAACCCAAGUACUGAGGAGUCUACUAGUAAAUCUGUUAGUGAGGAAGUUAUUUUCUCAACUACAGAAAAAGCAGGCACUUUAACAAGCUCUCAGUAUGAAGAAACAACAGGAGUGUCGGGGGCAGAAACAAAUCUUGAAAGAAGAACCACUGCAACAUCUGAAGAAAAUGAAGAGACUGAACAUACAGUUGCUGGGAAUAAGCCAAAUACUAGAAACACUAAUAGUGAAUCUACUACCGAAAAAGACAACAUAUCAACUACAGAAAAAUCAGAAGUGUCAACGAGCUCUCUUGAAUAUAACCUAAGUACUAUGAAGUCUACUAGUGAAUCUUCUAGUGAAGAAGGCAAUUUGCCAAUUACAGAAAAAUCAGAAGUUUCAACAAGGUCUCAGUCUGGGGAAAGCACAGGAGGAUCGAUUACAGAAAGCAUUGAAGGGAAAAGUACUGCAUCGCCUGAAGAAAAUGAGGAGACCGAACAUAAACCAAGUACUAAGAAGUCUACUAGUAAAUCUGCUAACGAGGACAAGUCAACUACAGUAUCAUCAGAAGAAAUUUCAGUGACAGAAACGGGUUUCGAAGGAAGAAGCAGUGCAUUGCCUGAGGAAAAUGAAGAGACUACAAUUCUUGAACAUAACCCAAGCACUGAGAAGUCUACUACUGAAACUGUUAGUGAGAAGGGCAGUCUUUCAACUGCAGAGUCGAAAACAGAAACAAAUGUUGAAGGAAGCAGAACUGCAACACCUGAAGAAAAUGAAGAGACUGAACAUACAGUUGCUGGGAAUAAGCCAAAUACUAGAAAGACUACUGGUGAAUCUACUACCGAAAAAGACAACAUAUCAACUACAGAAAAAUCAGAAGUGUCAACGAGCUCUCUUGAAUAUAAGCUGAGUACUAUGAAGUCUACUAGUGAAUCUGCUAGUGAAGAAGGCAAUUUGCCAAUUACAGAAAAAUCAGAAGUUUCAACAAGGUCUCAGUCUGGGGAAAGCACAGGAGGAUCGAUUACAGAAAGCCUUGAAGGGAAAAGCACUGCAUCGCCUGAAGAAAAUGAGGAGACCGAACAUAAACCAAGUACUAAGAAGUCUACUAGUAAAUCUGCUAACGAGGACAAGUCAACUACAGUAGCAUCAGAAGAAAUUUCAAUGACAGAAACAGGUUUCGAAGGAAGAAGCACUGCAUUGCCUGAGGAAAAUGAAGAGACUACAAUUCUUGAACAUAACCCAAGCACUGAGAAGUCUACUAGUGAAACUGUUAGUGAGAAGGGCAAUCUUUCAACUGCAGAGUCGAGAACAGAAACAAAUGUUGAAGGAAUCAAAACUGCAACACCUGAAGAAAAUGAAGAGACUGAACAUACAGUGGAAAUUGAAAGGGAACCAGCAACAAAAAGUAAACCAAGUAGUGAGGAGUCUACUAACGGAUCUGCUAGUGAACAAGGAAGUACGUUGUCAAACAUAAGUCACUUUGAAGGUUUAACGUUGAAGUAUCAUUGGACUUCCACUGUACUAGGGAAUGAAUCUGUAUCGAAUUUACCAGGCCAUACAAUGAGCCAACCUACUGAAGUUGAGGAGGAAUUCUACCAUUUCUCGAAAAACGGGGGGAGAACGGUGUGUGAGACAUGUAAAGGAACAUCCGAAACAGCCGAUCAUGGAAGAACAAAAUCCACCAACUUGAAAUCAGAACAAACUGUGAGUGAACAAAGCACAGUGGAGGUGUUCACAGCACCUGGCACCGAAGAAAAUCAGGAAGGGAAUAGUCAUCCGCUAGUAGAAAAAACAACUCUUCCAGAACUUGAGAACAAUAGUGAAAACGGUAACAGGCUGACUCAUUCCGAAAAGAGCUCAGAGAAUGCCUCAGAACCCAGCAGUAAAGGCAUCAGUAGCUAUGAAUCUACUACACCAGAGCUUUUAACAAAUUUUGCAAGCGAAAACUAUAAAGCAAUUACUUCCUCCAAAGAAAUGUUGAGUACCAAAGAGGAACAACCAAGUGAAGUUUCUGGACGUACUAGUCUUGUACCAUCAGGUAAAAAAAAUACUACAAUACAUGGAACUGAAUCAACUGUUCACGAUAAGGUUACUACAGCUAGUAACGGUGAAGGUAGCAGAAGCUAUGUUAUAAAACAUUCAACUCGUCUAGGAGAAGCAAAUGCAGCCACAGAAACACAUUCACAAAAUGCUUCUAAAAGUUCAAACAACCAAAGUUUAUAUCUGUUGAAUGUGACCGAACCUCCAGGUGCCCCAACAGGAGUUCCGGAGGUUAUAGAAGCAGACAAUGAGGGGACCGUCAGAAACAGAAAUGAUGAAAAUGGCAGACCGCUUGUUGUUAUUGUUAACAAUUCUGGAAAUAAGCAUGUGAAACUCAACGAUUCAGAUAUUGAAGGAAUAAUAAACAAACCCUUAUCAGAUGUGGAGCUUCAGUACAUCGACUUGCACAACAUGUCCAAAGAGGAACCCAAUGGUGUCAAUCUCGGAAGAUCACAUAAAAACAAUACCGUCACGAAAUGCAACAAAUCCGACUAUGAAGCAAAUAAUGAGUGCGUAUGUGAUAUAGAUAACUAUGUAACAAACAUAGAAAACAAACUGAAAAAUAACUCGGAAAUCGUUGAAAAAGACCUUGAAUGCAAACAGUUCUUCAGCGUACAGGAGGGUAUCGUUGUGUCAAACAGUACAAAGCCUACGAAGCGAAAAAAGAGAAGCCUCAUGUUCUUAACUGCCUCAGCAAGCGAGAAUAAAGUUGUUGAAAGGGACUCUGUCCAGGAUGUUGUUGGAGAGGAGUAUAAGGUACCAUCUACAGGUUAG